AUGUCCAACCACAAGACGCGACCCGCUCGCUCAAACAGCUUGCAGCGCAUGCUGGAGCUCGAGCGCCGCUACAUGGAAGCUAACGCGGUCCCUUUCUUCACACGAAUGCAGCUUGAGCGACUCCAGGCCUCGGCUUCGCAAGCGAAUGCAUUGUCUCCCAACUCGGGCUCGAUAGCUGCUGUUGUCUCCAAGCCGCCAUCUUCAUCGCCAAAUCGCCCUGCAGUUCAAGCUCACCGUAUCGAGCCAUCCCCCCUGGAGAAUGCCGCGAUGGGCGCCACCGUCUCCAGAGCUAGAGAGACAAGGCCAGACGCUCAGAUCGGUUCGGUGACCAUCAACGUCAGCUCGCCUAUGCUCAAACUGGACCUUGCGCCCGAAUCCGACAAUGGCGCGCAAAGGGGUGCCGUGGUUGUGCAUCAGUCGCCAGCCGUGGACAAGCCAGUCGUCAAGGCUGUCUCUUUCGACGUUCCGCUCAGUGCCUAUGAAGAAGAGCGGCGAUCCAUUUGCCAAUCUCCGAGCUGGGAGGCAUACGGCCGGCGCAAGAAGAGCGAGAAGAAGGACUCCAAGAAGGAGCAAAAGAAAGAGCAGCUGAAGAAGGAACAGUUGAAGAAGGAAGAAGAGAGAAAGGAGCAGGAGCGCAAAGAGCAGCUGAAAAAGGAGCAGUUGAAAAAGGAGCAACAGAGAAAGGAGGAGCUGAAGAAGGAACAGGUCAAAAAGGAGCAGGCCGAGAAAGAGCAGCGGAAGAGAGAGCAGCAGGCCAAGGCAUCGAAGCGCGAAAAGGAAGAGUCCGCGCUUAAGAAUGCGUUGAUUAAGAAGAAGCGCUUGAGCAAGCAACCUCCUCCUUCGUCGUCGCAUGCCAUCGAGCAGGCGAAUCGCAUAUCCGUCGAGGCAGCGGCAUCUUCCAGAGACAGGCAGAGGCCGUCGAGUGCCCUGGAGUUUUCGCCUCCCGCCAAAAACGACACGCCCGCUCGCCCUUCUCACAGGCGAUCCGGCUCCUUCACCUCCCUGAUAAGGUCACCCUUCGAGUCUCGGCGGGCUUCCUCCGACACGGCUCGCCCAGUUGAGACGGGCUUCAUCGGCGGCAUCAAGCUGGAGAUACAACGAUAUGCUGCCAACCAGAAGGCCGCGGAAGAGCCUCAGAACAUGGACGAGUCCACGAUCCACCCAGCCCUUCGGACGAACAACGCUCACAACCAGAAGUGGUCUGCACCCGCUGCUCGCCCAAUCCCGGAUUCCCAGCGCCGGGCUUAUCCUCCCAUCACUCGACAUCCGGCUGCAGCCGCCAAGACCAGGUCCCUUAUCUCGAGCGCGGAGAUGGAGGCUCAGGACACCGGUACAAUGGAGAAAUGGAGGGCCUUUGUUGGUUUGAAACCCAAAGACCCGGCUGAGUCAACCAAGGCCGCUGCCCAGCAAGAGGGUGCCAAGAAGCCUGCAGUCACUAACGAGGCAAGCAAAUCGUCUCCCGCAUUGCCAUCGCCACAGGCCAACGCGAACACUGGGACAACUUCAGAGAUCCGACCCCCAGCGACCGCUGUUCCUACUGUUCCUACUGUUCCCCCAACAGGCUCAUCAGCCGGCAGCGGCACCCAAGUCCCCCAGUCUAAGCUCAACGUAUCAACAGGCGAUCACCAGCUGAGCAAUUCUGCCGUCGCACAGAAGCCACCCCAGGAGAAGCUGUCUCAAGCCAACCUUGCCCAGCUGCAGCAGCAUGAAAGUAGCGGUCCUAUCAAGAGCAGUACUCCCGUAGACAAGGACCUGGUCAACGGUUCCUCCCCCAUGGCGGGCUCUCUGCCCCCCGCGCCUCCCCGUCGAAGCUCGAAGCGAAACUCCCUCCUUAGCUUAGAUGGCUCAGUAUCACCCGUGUCCCGCUCACGCUCGCCAGCACAUCGACCCGGUAGCUCUGACUCCACCACUAGUAUUGGCGAUCGGAUAUCAGGCAAGCCGAAGAGAACCGCCAAUAACACUAUAGGUGGAACCGAAUCGCAAAGCGGCGGCGUUCCUCUCCAAAACCCUACUUCUCGGGAGGCCGGUCGCACCUCCAGGAACCAGAAGCCAGACCCCAUAGAAAUACCGACAUGGGAGGACAUCCAAUCCUCUGUCAUGCAGGUCAUCGAAACAAAGGUCUCGCUGUCUCCGAUCCGCAAAUCUCACAGCUCCCUUCGGGAUGACAGCGAUUUCACUGUUCGCCGCCUCACGGACGAUUCUGUCCCGACGACAUCGGCUGAUGAUGAUUCUUCUGAUGACUUCCACUCGGUGUCAACGCCUGGUACGCCUGACACCUCCCGGCCACAAUCCGAAAAGGGGCUUCCUCCACCGUCUCAAGAUAUUGAGGGUCAACGAGCAGGCACAGAGCAGAACCGAGCGAGGAACCUCUCGCAAAGCCCAGUUAAGCAACCACUGCUGCUCCAGAUUGGAGGAGGCUUCUCGGGUUCAAGCAGUCCGCCAAAAGUUACACCCACCAAGACUACUCCUGCGGACAGGACACGGGCUGCUCACCAUCGGACGCAAUCAGCUGUGGAUCCUGCACCCGGAGCUGACUUCCUACCCAAACUGAAGCAUCAACCCCUGAAGGCUGGGGAAAAUGCAUUGGUUUCGAAGCAACACGUCCCGUCUGCGGAUUCACUGCUUCCUGGGGACGAAAGAGCAAACAGCAAGACUCAACUCGUCGUUGCACCAUGGCCCGCCUCCUAUCUUGAAGAGGCUCGGAAAGCAGCCCCCUUGGCCCCGCCUCCUCAGGUGCUAGGUUCGCCUCGCCUCGUGCCCAAAGGAACGCCGCCAGCAUCGAUUCGCAGCCAGCCAUCGCCCACCAUGGACCUUACGCCAACAAAGGGGCCACGACACACAGCAGGUUCGCCUGUUGGCGGCGAGCCAAUUGCCAAGAUGUUUGUCGAGUGCUGCGGAUGCAAGUACUACCACGACAUGCCCAGCAACAUUUACGAAGCCAUGGCCAACCCAGAGGCUGUGAUUCGGCCGCCACGAGGGAAUGUCGGAUUUACUGGCGCACUGUCCAUGACGGUCAAGUGCCCGUGGUGCUCUCACGAGAUGAGCACCAAGUGCUGCGCUGGCUAUGCCGCUAUGGUAUACGUCAAGGAGAGGCUCCAUUAGUGGCUCGACUCCCCCCUUUCAUCCCUUUUUAU